CUGUACACGGAAGUCAUCCAGGAUUUGGAUAUUUUUUCACAUGGAUGAGAUUUGCUAUCCUUAUUUAGACUUUCUAGGCAUAGUUUUCUCCUUCCUCUAGUGGUAAGUCACACUGUAAUGGCGGUAAAAGAUGGAGCCGGCGGUGCAGAAACGCUGAUAAGAUAACGCGCAGCUAUCAGCAGUAGACGGCGGAUAUCAGUGCGGGUCAAUGGACUUGAAAUGCUGCUGUUUUGACAGCUGGGUUCAGUCUCCAGUACCUGGUCUGCGAGACACCUGCUGAGGACACACACCUGCUGAGGACACACACCACCCGACGAUUCAACCCUAAAGACGGGGUUACUUUAUAUAGAGACGCAUAUCUACUAUCAGUAAAGUUGCUUUUAAAGCGCCAUUGGAGAAGAGCCAACUGCGACUUCUCUUCUCAGCAUUGUUUGCUCACCUCACACCGACCUGUGGCCAUGGCCUCUACCCGGCUGAAGUACCUCUCUCUGGGCGUGCUGGUGUUCCAGACCACCUCCCUGGUGCUUACCAUGCGGUACUCCCGCACCCUGCAGGCGGACGGCCCGCGGUACCUUGCCUCCUCCGCCGUAGUGGUGGCUGAGGUCAUGAAGAUCUUUACCUGUGUGCUGCUCGUCUUCAAAGAGCACAAUUAUAGCUUGCGAGCUCUGAACAGCAUUCUGCGUCAGGAAAUUGCCCACAAACCCAUCGAGACGCUGAAGCUGGCGAUUCCCUCGGGGAUCUACACGCUGCAGAACAACCUGCUGUACGUCGCCCUGUCCAACCUUGACGCUGCCACUUACCAGGUGACGUAUCAGCUGAAGAUCCUCACCACGGCUCUGUUCUCCGUGUCCAUGCUGGGGGCCCGCAGGCUGGGCGUCUACCAGUGGCUCUCGCUGCUCAUCCUCAUGGCUGGAGUGGCUUUUGUGUGCAGGUCCAUGCUCCUCUUGUGUUUGCAGUGGCCCUCUGAGUCUGUGGUGGACCCCGAGAAGAAGGCCCUCUCUGCGGGCUCCCAGUUUGUCGGUGUGGCAGCCGUCCUGGUGGCCUGCUGCUCCAGUGGCUUCGCUGGGGUUUACUUUGAGAAGAUCCUGAAGGAGAGCAAGCAGAGCGUCUGGGUGCGCAACAUCCAGCUAGGGAUGUUCGGCCUGGUGUUUGGCCUCUUUGGGAUGAUGGCCUACGAUGGAGAGAGGGUGAGGGAGUCGGGGAUGUUCCAGGGAUACAACACCGUCACCUGGGCCGUUGUAGUGCUGCAGGCGCUGGGUGGUCUGGUCAUAGCAGCGGUCAUCAAGUACGCAGACAAUAUCCUGAAGGGCUUCGCCACAUCGCUCUCCAUCAUCCUGUCAACGCUUAUAUCCUACUUCUGGCUACAGGACUUCGAGCCCACUGGCGUGUUCUUCGUGGGGGCCAUGUUGGUCAUCACGGCCACUUUCCUCUACGGCUACGAAGGAAAGCCGUCCCCCAACCCCAGCAGGGCGUAAAGACCCCCCCGGCUGACACUACAGCAGCAGCAGCAUGAGGUCCUGUACAAGCGUCAAGACGUGGAGUUGAAAGGAGGACAGAGAGCUGGAGAAAAACGAAGGCAAAGGUCAUUAUCAUUAUAGUGUGAUCACAAAGAGGAGGAGGAGGUAAGACGUUCAGGACAAAAAUAAGGGUACAAAUAAAAAGCAAGCAAAUCGCAGAGAUGGGUCUCUCACCAAAAGUGCCUCAGCUGAGACGAAAACUGGGGAAACAGGAUUGUAUGUUUUUCUUUCCGCUGUAGAGACAAUCCUGGCUGCCACACCUCUAGAUCCGGAGAGGUAUUCUUGGACCGACUGAUUGUCUUCAUAAAGUCACUGUCACUGUUACUGCCAUAUCUGAAACACCUAUACACAACAGGAUUACAGAGGCAGCCAUGUAGACAUUUCUCUUCAAAACCAAAUGUUUUUUUAGACUUAGUGCAACUUUUAGCCCACAUUGUCGGCUUGUUCCCCUCAGAGUUGCGGUAUGUAUUGCUCUGACAGUCUUUCUUGUUCCUCUUUGAGCUCUCAAAGCAUAUUUUAGGCCCCCUGAAAUGAGCCUUCACAGCCAUUGUUCCUUGCCCUGUCUCAACCUGUCUCCAUUAACGCUCAACGCACCUUUACUAUAACUAGUAUUGCUUCCUAAAUGUCUCCCAUGUUACAUUUUGUUCAGCUAUUUUUGGAAACAGUUUUUGUUGCCAGGGAACAUAUAGUCUUCAGGAUGUCUUUGAUAGCAUGUACGGUGACAGAGUUACUGUCUGCUGUGGUGCAGUUUACUCUGUUAAAGUCAUCUGGGUGUAUGAAUAAAAUGAUACAGAAACUAAUCAGAAAUACUGUAACAGGGGUUAUGGUUGGAAGAUUUUGAUUUUCUUUCAGUAAGAAGGACAGUUUGAUUUGUAUGUACAACUUGAAAUUAUGUUAAUCAUGGGCGUUAAUAAUCAGCACCAUUUCAAUUGUAAUCUAAAUGAAAUGUCUGUUUAAUUUACGAAUGAUUAGUUAGAAAGUUAAGACAUUCCAAAGCCACUAAUUAUAAACAUCCAGCUCUUUAAGUCCUGUGCUCUGAACAAUAUAUGUAUAUUGUUAAUUGUUGUUGCAAAGUAAUCAAAGUUGACAUGAGGCAUUAUUUAUCAUUCUUUUGGAAUGAUUUCUUUUCUUGAUAAAGCGGGUAUAAUUAA